CACACAACAACAAAGUACACAACACAACAACACACACACUUCACACCUCGCUUUAAAGCAAACACAUGAAACAAACACUCUCAUAAAUCAAUCGAAACCUCAAUCAAAUCAAAUCAAAAUUCAAAACCAAACAACACACAAAAUGAAUUAAGAGAAUUCAUCAGAAUCAGACCAUGGCCGAGACGGCGACUCCACGACUCACUCACUCGCCGCCGCCGCCACCAUCCACCGAGUUACGCACUUCCAGUCCUCCCGAUGAAGCGCAGCCCAAUUUGGAAACCCUAGCUACCCCCUCUUCGCCACCGCGCCAUCACACCGAUCAUUUGCAGGGAAGCUCCACCGCGCCUGAGAACGGCAAAGAUGAAACUGAGGCGCCAGCCAGGCCUCCAGGCAAUGAAAUUAUUGUAAAGGACGCAGUUGAGGAACCUCAAGUGGAAACAAAGAACCAACUCCAGGCGUGUUCAACUCCAUUGUCUGCCCCUAGUCCAAUGGUACCAGAACAGAGACUUUCUCCUCCAAAGGCUACCAGUGUAUAUGUGCUGGAAGUAGACAAAACAACUCCUUCAAGUGGUACAACUUUUUCUUCUGUUCCUGUUGCAAGGUCAUCUGCAACCGAUGGAUAUAAUUGGCGGAAGUAUGGUCAGAAGCAAGUGAAAAGUCCUAUUGGUUCUCGAAGCUAUUACAGGUGUACUCAUUCAGCUUGUUGUGCUAAGAAGGUUGAAUUCUGUGACCAUUCAGGUCAUGUGUCGGAGAUUGUAUAUAAAAGUCAACACAGUCAUGAUCCACCACAUAAAACUAAUCCUGCUAAGGAAAGUAAGUCCCUGGCUUCCAAGGAACCUAAUGUAGAAAACACCGUUCCAAAGCAGUCUGUCAAAGUUCUAAAUGAUUCUGAUCCAUCACCUUCUCCGAAAAACCCUCUUCAAGAAGCACCUCGCAAUCCUGAUAAGAAACGACAAAACUCAUCUGACAGUGGGAAUGGUAAAGUUACUUUUAAGGAAGAGGAUAUUAACGAGCCAGAGCUGAAAAGAAGAAUGAAGAAAGAUGAUUCAACAUGCUUGGAUUCACCAAUAAAAUCUGGAAAGAAACAAAAGUUUGUUGUACAUGCGGCAGGGGAUGUGGGGAUAUCAGGUGAUGGGUACCGAUGGCGCAAGUAUGGACAAAAAAUGGUGAAGGGGAAACCUCAUCCCAGAAACUACUACAGAUGCACUUCUGCUGGAUGUCCUGCCCGGAAGCACAUUGAGACUGCUGUGGAUGACUCGAACGAUGUCAUCAUCACAUACAAGGGAGUACAUGACCAUGACAUGCCUGUGCCUAAGAAACGACAUGGCCAGCCAAAUGCUCCACUCGUGGCUGCUGCAGCACCUGCUUCAAUGAGCAAUUUGCAGCUCAUGAAAACUGACUCACCAAAAAACCAGAAAAAUUCUCAAUGUUCCGGGGAAAUUGGUGGAGAAUUAACUGGGGAAGCCUCGGAACUUGGUGGUGAGAAAGCAAUUGAAUCAGCUCGAGCUCUUCUGAGCAUAGGUUUUGAAAUUAAACCUUGCUGAAUACAUGUUUCAGAACCGGUACAAUUGUAUCUAUAUAAAUUAAUUGGUAGAGGUCUCAUGUAAUUUUAGUGGUGUCCCAUGUAUAAAUUAUUUCUUGAGUUCCCCCCCCUGCGUAGUAGUGGAACAAUUCAUGUAUGUGCUUGCAUGUCUGAAACAGUUGGCUUAGUAGAGCAAAUAUAGAAUUGAUUUGUAGCCUUUAUUCAGUUA